GGGGCCGCCUUCCCGGAAGUGCUUGCAGCCUGGGCCUGGGGCGCGGCCCGGCGGUCACCGGCGAUCCUCGGCCGUGCGGCGCUGCGGGAGGGGUCCUCGCGCCAGGCCGCGCUCUCGGUUCUCAGAGCCCCUCCGGGAGGCGGGCCCUAUUAGGGCAGCAAUCCCACGGUGGGCAGGGAGGGACCCCCGGCCCUUGCCCAGACUGCUGAGGGAAGAGAGUUUGGCCAGCCCGCGGGCAAAAGCGUCGUUCCCGGUCCCAGAGGGGAGGGGCGGGAUGGACGGGCUCCUGAGUCCCAGGGAGUCCGCAAAAUUCGUUGCAGAAAACAGUCGGGAUGUGUUCAUUGAUGGCGGAGGCGUGCGGAGGGUGGCCGAGCUACUGCUCGCCAAGGCCUCGGGGCCGGCGCUGUGCGUGGAGGCCUGGAAGGCCCUUCACGAGCUGAAUCCCAGGGCGGCCGACGAGGGCGCGGUCAACUGGGUGUUUGUGAUAGACACGCUCAACUUCUCCUUCUGGUCGGAGCACGACGAGCACAAAUGUGUGGUGGGGUACAGGGGGAGCACGUACAGUGGGUACUGGUCCCUGUGCGCCGCGGUCAACAGAGCCCUCGACGAAGGGGUACCAAUAACGAGUGCUUCGUACUAUGCCACAGUGACCCUGGAUCAGGUUCGGCAUGUCCUCCGUUCUGACACAGACGUUCCCAUGCCUUUAAUAGAAGAGAGGCAUCGGAUUCUCAAUGAAACUGGCAAAAUUCUGCUUGAAAAGUUUGAAGGUUCUUUUCUUAAUUGUGUUCGAAAAAGUGAAAAAAGUGCACAGAAGUUAAUGAAUCUGAUAGUUGAAAGCUUUCCUUCUUACAGAGAUGUGACUCACUUUGAGGGGAAAAGAAUUUCUUUUUACAAACGGGCCCAAAUCCUUGUGGCAGAUACAUGGAGUGUGUUAGAGGGAAAAGGAGACGGCUGCUUUAAGGACAUCUCCAGUAUCACCAUGUUUGCUGACUACAGAUUACCUCAGGUUCUUGUUCACCUGGGAGCCCUGAAAUACUCGGAUGAGCUACUGGAGAAGCUUUUCAAAGGAGAAAUGCUCUCAUAUGGGAAUAGGCAAGAGGUGGAAAUCAGAGGCUGCUCACUUUGGUGUAUUGAGCUGAUCCGGGAUUGUCUUCUGGAGCUUAUUGAAAAAAAGGGUGAAAAAACUAGUGGAGAGAUCAAUUCCAUUCUUCUGGAUUAUUACUUAUGGGACUAUGCCCGUGAUCACAGGGAAGAUAUGAAAGGAAUUCCGUUUCAUCGCACACGUUGCAUAUAUUAUUGACUCAAAGUGUAAACUGAUCCAAAGAAAACUCCUUGCAUUUUUAUAUUACAUAAUCAUUUGUAUAAUUUUGCUUUGAUAUUAAAAAAAGGUGAUAGAGGUUACAGCAAUAAGAAAAUUGAAUACCCAGUCUCACUUAAAAUAAUUUUCCUGACAUAUCACUCUGUAUUCCCAAUUUUAUCCUUUGUCUGCUUGUUUAAUUUCACCUAUAUUUUCCUUUUCUGUGGACACGUGACAGAAAUAGUGAAGAAACUUUAAUGCUUUCUUUAAAUCUCAGAUUUCUUAAAAUUAAUCAUGCCUUGUAAUGUGAUUAAUCUUCAGUGAUAAUAUUUCAUCCAUUCAGUUGGUAUCUUUUCUCAAGGUGUAGUAAUUUUCUGUAUACCUAAUCAUUUGAUAUGAGGGGGUAGGGUCUUUGCUGUAUGAAUGCUGCUGCUCUUGUAAAAAUCCAUCUUGACAGCUUAUUUUAAACUUUUU